UGGACCUAUCCGUGACAAAACGACUCAGGGCCAAUCUGCAUAAGAACAAAACAACCUGAUACCAUGCAUGAUCGCCAGAGCUAUACCAGAUAAAAAGAUUAUCCUGAAAUUUCUGUAACUGUGAUCUGACGCCAGUAGAACAAAAAUGAUGGAAGUCUCCGUGAUGUGUUUCCUCGUCCUGGUGACUGGUCUUCAUUCAGCCAACAUGGAAAUAGCUGUGGUGACGUGUGCUGAAGAAGACUUCACAUGUGAGAAAGAUCAUAAAUGUAUUCCACUGCGCUGGCAUUGUGAUAAAGAGCCUGAUUGUCCAGAUGCAUCAGAUGAGAAACCUGAAGACUGUAGUAAAAAGGUUUGCCCACAUGGACAUUUUUCCUGCAAAAAUGGUGUUUGUCUGCCUCCUACGUGGGUGUGUGAUGGCAGUCCGGACUGUGCCGAUGGAGAUGAUGAGGAUAAAGAAAAGUGCAAGGAGACCACAUGUCGAGAAGAUCAGUUCAAGUGUGUAACAGAAGGCUACUGCAUUAACAGCAGACUGAAGUGUAAUGGAGACAAAGACUGUCUGGAUGGAUCUGAUGAAUUAAAUUGCCCAUCAAAAGCUUCUCAGUGUAGUGAGGAUGAGUUUGAUUGUAACAAUGAUGGCUCCGAAUGCAUUCCUCAUGAACAAGUUUGCAAUGGCAUCAAAAACUGUGCCAACUUCAUGGAUGAACUGGAUAGCAUGUGUCCUGAAACCAACCCAUGUGACUUAAAUAAUGGAGGCUGCAAUCAAAAGUGUGUGAACAAGUUCCGUGAACACACGCAUGUGUGUGAGUGUUAUAAUGGUUACAGGCUGAUGAAUGGUUCGACUACUACUUGCAAAGAUAUUGAUGAGUGCAAGAUAUUUGGAUCUUGCUCUCAGAACUGUGACAACACCAAGGGUGGUUACAAGUGUUCAUGCGUGCAUGGAUACACACUCAAGGAUCAUCGCUACUGCAAAGCAGACGGGCCAAGAAGUCCUGAACUACUACUGGCUGCUCGCAAGGAUUUGAGGAAGAUUAAUUUGGAAACCUAUCACUACACACUUUUGGUCAGCGAAGAAAAAGUGUUUGGUGCAAUUGCCAUGGACUUUGACUAUGAUGAUAAUAUGCUGUUCUGGACAGACGUUGCUGUUGAACAAGUACUUAAGGCCAAUUUUGACAAUAUAUCGGAUGUAAAAGUUGUAGCUGAUAAUGAGACUGUUCAGACUCCCGAUGGCCUGGCUGUAGAUUGGAUUUACAAACACAUCUACUGGACGGAUACCGGCCUAGAUCGCAUCCAGGUAUCUACGAUGGAUGGCUCAAUGAGAAAGACUCUCGUGGACACAGAUCUUGAUGAACCUCGUGCCAUUGUUGUUGAUCCGCAAAAUGGUUACAUGUACUGGACCGACUGGGGAAACAAAGCCAAAAUUGAAAGGUGUGGAAUGAAUGGUCAAGGACGUGUUUCAAUUAUUGAGGCUGAUGAUAAUACACAUGAUAUCAUUUGGCCGAAUGGUCUUACAAUUGAUUACGUUGAUCAGCGAUUAUACUGGAUAGAUGCCAAGCUGCACAAAAUCUCAAGCAUCAACUUGAAUGGUGGAGAUAUGAAGGUCGUUUUGCGCAGCCAUGUACACCUGAAUCACCCGUUCGCCAUCACAGUCUUUGAGGACUAUUUGUAUUGGACAGAUUGGCCUUCCGAGUCUGUCCGUAAAUUCACCAAAUUUGGUAGCGACACAGACAGUGUGCAAACUAUUGCCUUGGAUUUGCAUUCUCCUAUGGAUGUCCAAGUCUUUCACAAGUACAGGCAGCCAACCAGUGCAAAUGUUUGUGGAUCUAACAAUGGUGGAUGUUCUCACUUCUGUUUGCCUGCCCCUAACAGUGCUACAGGCUCGAUGAACUUUACGUGUGAAUGCCCAGAUGGCUUUGUUCAUCUACCAUAUGACUUGACAAAAUGUGUUCUUGCUGAGGAGACCACAUGUCGAGAAGAUCAGUUCAAGUGUGUAACAGAAGGCUACUGCAUUAACAGCAGACUGAAGUGUAAUGGAGACAAAGACUGUCUGGAUGGAUCCGAUGAAUUAGAUUGCCCAUCAAAAGCUUCUCAAUGUAGUGAGGAUGAGUUUGAUUGUAACAAUGAUGGCUCCGAAUGCAUUUCUCAUGAACUAGUUUGCAAUGGCAUAAAAAACUGUGCCAACUUCAUGGAUGAACUGGCUAGCAUGUGUCCUGCUUCUCCAGAUAUAAAUGAAACCAACCCAUGUGACUUAAAUAAUGGAGGCUGCAAUCAAAACUGUGUGAACAAGUUCCGUGAACACACGCAUGUGUGCGAGUGUUAUAAUGGUUACAGGCUGAUGAAUGGUUCGACUACUAUUUGCAAAGAUGUCAAUGAGUGCGAGAUAUUUGGAUCUUGCUCUCAGCACUGUGACAACACCAAGGGUGGUUACAAGUGUUCAUGCGUGCAUGGAUACACACUCAAGGAUCAUCGCUACUGCAAAGCUGACGGGCCCAGAAGUCCUGAACUACUACUGGCUGAUCGCAAGGAUUUGAGGAAGAUUAAUUUGGAAACCUAUCACUACACACUUUUGGUCAGCGAAGAAAAAGUGUUUGGUGCAGUUGCCAUGGACUUUGACUAUGUUGAUAAUAUGCUGUUCUGGACAGACGUUGCUGUUGAACAAGUACUUAAGGCCAAUUUGGACAAUAUAUCGGAUGUAAAAGUUGUAGCUGAUAAUAAGACUGUUCAGACUCCCGAUGGCCUGGCUGUAGAUUGGAUUUACAAACACAUCUACUGGACAGAUACCGGCCUAGAUCGCAUCCAGGUAUCUACGAUGGAUGGCUCAAUGAGAAAGACUCUCGUGGACACAGAUCUUGAUGAACCUCGUGCCAUUGUUGUUGAUCCACAAAAUGGUUACAUGUACUGGACCGACUGGGGAAACAAAGCCAAAAUUGAAAAGUGUGGAAUGAAUGGUCAAGGACGUGUUUCAAUUAUUGAGGCUGAUGAUAAUACACAUGAUAUCGUUUGGCCGAAUGGUCUUACAAUUGAUUACGUUGAUCAGCGAUUAUACUGGAUAGAUGCCAAGCUGCACAAAAUCUCAAGCAUCAACUUGAAUGGUGGAGAUAUGAAGGUGGUUUUGUGCAGCCAUGUACACCUGAAUCAUCCGUUCGCCGUCACAGUCUUUGAGGACUAUUUGUAUUGGACAGAUUGGCCUUCCGAGUCUGUCCGUAAAUUCACCAAAUUUGGUAGCGACACAGACAGUGUGCAAACUAUUGCCUUGGAUUUGCAUUCUCCUAUGGAUGUCCAAGUCUUUCACAAGUACAGGCAGCCAACCAGUGCAAAUGUUUGUGGAUCUAACAAUGGUGGAUGUUCUCACUUCUGUUUGCCUGCCCCUAACAGUGCUACAGGCUCGGUGAACUUUACGUGUGAAUGCCCAGAUGGCUUUGUUCAUCUACCACAUGACUUGACAAAAUGUGUUCCUGCUGGAUCUGUGGAAUUGUCUACCAAAGUGCCUGUUGCAACUCAAACCUCGAAACAUACAGAAGUAGAAGUGACAUUAUUUGGUCCUGGUGGAUAUACUAUUGUCAGUAAUGGCAAAUGGUCCGAUACUGUUGAAGCUGGACAAUUUGAAACCAAGGAAGAGGAAAAUAUUGGGCGUAUUGCAGGAAUUGUCAUUGUCAUUGGCAUUCUUUUAACACUAAUCAUCAUAAUUGUUGUUAUUGUUUUCGUCAUUUAUAGAAGAUACAGAGGAAAACAUGGAAAGAGUAUGAACUUUGACAAUCCAAGCUAUUGAAAAACAACAUAAUAAUUCUAUUGAGAAAAAUAUUGAAUCAUUACCUCCCAAGUUUACAGCCACUUACUCAAACAGUCUGAUACUUGCACACUUGCCUUACCUGGAGAACAUCUUCAUGUUUUGUUGUGUUAAGUGUUUUCAAGCAAGAGUGAUCUACAUCUCCAACAAUGUAUACUACCUGUAACAGCUUGGUGCCCGGCUUGGUGUCGUUUUGCAUUGGAAAUGCAGUAUAUCUGAAAAUUUCAAAAGUCCAUUGAUCAACAAUUUUAUGAAAAGAUAUGACAAAUUUGGUUUGGGGGUAUUCAAUUGAGCCCAGAGAUGAUGUUAGAGUAGGUUGGAAUGGGAAAUUGAAAACAUAUAUUUUAUUGCAAUUUGACACUUUAUUGCGAAAUGACACUUUAAAAAAAUGCAUUAGCGUGUCGUUUUGCAAUAAACUCAACAACAAAAAAAUGUAUGCUAUAAUUGAUAAAAGUUGGAAUGGGAUUUUGUUUUCAUAUGUAGUUAAACACAUUCAGUGAUUUUGAGAUGAGGAGAAAGUAAUUUUCUGUUGAAAAGGGCACCACAUUAAUUGAAAUGCAGUCAGUAUAUCUGAAAAUUUCAAAAGUCCAUUUAUCAACAAAUUUAUGAAAAGAUAUGACAAAUUUGGUUUGGGGGUAUUCAGUUGAGCCCAGAGAUCAUGUUAGAGUACGUUGGAAUGGUAAAUUAAAAAAAAUUUUUUUAUUGCAAUACGACACUUUAUUGCGAAAUGACACUUUAAAAAAAUGCACAUUCUCUUAUUGUCGUUUUGCAAUAAACUAAAAACAAAAUGUAUGCUAUUAUUGAUAAAAGUUGGAAUGGGAUUUUGUUUCCCAUGUGUAGUUAAACACAUUCAGUGAUUUUGAGAUGAGGAGAAAGUCGUUUUCUGUGAUAUUAAAUUGAGCCCAGAGACCAAGUUAGAGUAGGUUGAAAUCGGAAAAAAAAAAAAAAGUAUUGCAAUUCACCCACUCCAAAUAAAGAAUGCAUACAUAUAUACAGACACAACUAUGCAGACACAACUAUGGAGACUCCCUCUGGCUCCUCUCUCUCUCUCUCUCUCUCUCUCUCUCUUUAUCUCUCUCUUUAUCUCAUUGUCUCUUUGUACCUCUCUUUCUCUCCCCUUCCUCCUAUCUAUUUCUCUCACUCCUUCAGUCUCUUAUCUGUCCCUUCCUCUCCUUCUGCCUGUCUCUUUUUAUUUUACUGUCUCAUUUUUAAUUUACUGUUUCUCUUUGUCUAUAUCUGUGUGUGUGUUCUCAUUUUCUCUUUUGAUCACAAACGUAGAGAAGAAAAACAUGCACCAGACUUACACCAUUAUCCACACCUGAUCCAGAUAUUUUGAUGAGGUUUGUAGAUUUUGAUAAUCAGUACUUGCUAUGAAAACUCCUGGGUCCGCUUUCAAAUACUCUCCAUCGUCUCUCUGUAUGCACUUUUUCACAGACAGAGCAGCACACACCACAGACUUUGAUAUGCCAGUAGUUGACCAAUGGUUGAGACGGGGAAAACACAACCAGAGAAUUAGUGUACGGAGAGAAUGAGAUUCUAUGAUCCAAACGCUUCAAGCAAGCUCUUUGUCGACUGAGUUAGAUCCCACCCUGUUGUCUUCUUAGUGUAUACUCCCUGUGCAUAGGAUAUACUUGAUUUACGUAAUACAUAUUCCAUGUUAAUAAUGUAAACUUCAUGACAUUGUUAAUGUUUGACGUACACAGUGCAUAUUUGAUGCAGGACGGGUAUUCCUUGUGUGCCUAGCAUAUUCUGUAUGCAUAUAGUAUAUAAUUCACACAUACUUUAUUCCGUAUUUACGUAAUGUAUAUUUAAUAUAUGUACUGUAUACUGGAUAUACUUUGAGCAUGGUAAAUGCAUGUUAUAUUAGUUCAUGUGCAUAUAAGUAUGUCAUUUCGAGACUAGUUGAUGAUACUAUUGUAUGUAUGGUUUAUCAGAAAUACGCUAUGUAUCAAUCGAGUGUUUUGUGCAUCAAUUAUAGCCAAUAGCCUUUAUUAGAAACAUACUUAUCUGCCCUUCAUUUGCAUCACGCUAAGCAGCCCCAAUUAGCCACUCAAUUAUUUCCGGCGCGUUACGCUCCAGUGGCUUGCAACAAAGGCCCUUUGUUAAUACUGAAUUGUCGAGUAGUUGUCGACUUGUUCUUUUAUUUUUUGACGUUAAUAAAAUUUUCCAUUAC